CAUACUAAAAUUUCUGGAAAUUUCAAGCGAAUUAGAUGCAUAUGGUUUCGAAGUUCAACUUGGUGAAGGACCUCUAUUUUUGGCAACUGAAUUAAGAUUUCUUUCUUGGGAUUGUUACCCUCUAAAAUCCUUGCCACAAAACUUUUCUGCCGAAAAACUAGUAAUAUUGAAAUUACAACUGAGCAAAAUGGAAAAACUUUGGGAUGGAGUGAAGAACCUGGUGAGUUUAAAAGGUGUUUACCUCGAGCAUUCUUAUGAGUUAAAGGAGCUGCCAGAUUUAUCUAAAGCCAUAAAUCUUGAAGUAUUGGAUCUCUCUUUUUGUUAUAGGUUGACUACUGUGCAUCCAUCUAUUUUCUCUCUAGCCAAACUUGAGAAAUUGAAUCUUCGUUACUGUGGAUCCCUUACCAUACUUUCAAGUGAUUCCCAUAUGCAUAGCCUCAAUUAUCUCAUCCUUGUUUAUUGUAAGAAUCUUACUGAAUUCUCAAUUAUAUCAAAAAAUAUGGAAAAAUUGGACUUAUCAUGGACAAAGCAAAUGAAAGCACUUCCCUCGUCAUUUGGACAUCAAAGAAAGCUUAAAUCACUAAAUCUAACAGAAAGUGGCAUUCAGAGGUUACCUUCAUCCAUCAACAAUCUUACGCAACUGCUACAUCUAAACCUAAGCUGUUGCCGUGAGCUUGAAACAAUACCAGAGCUUGCCCCAUCACUUAAAACUCUAGAUUUUAGAGAUUGCAAGUCACUUCAAAGUAUUCCAGAGCUUCCCCAGACCCUUUUAUGUUUAGAUGCUGAAAACUGUGAAUCACUUCAAACUCUACCAAAGCUUCACCCAUACCUUAAAACUCUAAAACUCAGAAACUGCAAAUCACUUCACACCAUACCAAAUCUUCCCCCUUCCCUUGAAACUUUAGAUGCCCAAUCUUGCAGUUCACUUCAAACUCUACCAAUGCUUCCCCUAUCCUUGAAAAAUAUAAACGCUAGAGAUUGCAAAUCGUUGAAGACAAUGUUAUUGCUCCCUUCAACAUCUGUUGAACAAUUAAGGGCAAACAGGACACGAGUUCUGUUAUGGAAUUGCUUGAACUUGGAUCAACAUUCUCUAGUUGCUAUUCAGUUGAAUGCACAAAUCAGUGUGAUGAAUUUUGCAGAUCACAAUAAAGUUGUUUAUGUGUAUCCUGGAAGCUUUGUUCCAGAGUGGUUGGAGUAUAAGAGAACAAAUAAUUAUGUAAUUAUUGAUCUCUCUUCUACUCCAUCCUCUCCCAUGCUUAACUUCAUUUUUGGCUUCGUCCUUGGUAACUAUGAAGGAACAGCAAUUGAAAAUGAACUUACAGUUAAAAUCACUUUAAGUGACGGUGAUGGUGAAGGUGAAAGGGACAGUGUUGAAAUGAUCAUAGAUUAUUGUCGUUGGACAAUUGAGUCGAAUCAUGUGUGUGUGAUGUACGAUCGAAGAUGUUCUAACUUCCUAAAUAGUAGAGCCCAAAAUCAAACAAGCUUUAAAAUCCAAGCUCAAAUAGUGUUACACACAUAUCACACACUCUUCAGAAAAACUACUGUCAUGCGGCCGGAUAUGGUACUAGGAUUCGGGGUCAGUGCAAUAACCAGCUCGACAUAUAACAAUUUCAUUCAACAAAUGUCAAUGUCUCAGUUCCAUUAAGCACGUGGAAUUGGGUUGUGUGCUUCCUAUAAUCUCAGGUAUUUCCUUCCUCCAGUCUACAACCAAAUCUUUGAUUUAGAAGACUCUGUCAUUUCAUAUUAUAUGAACUUAUUUGGUUACAACAUUAAGUUAUUAAAAAGUUAACAUUUGAACCUACUAAGCUCUUAAGCAAGUAAGUACAAGUAACUAUUACUCAAAAGACAACAAUAUGCAAGCCUACUAAAAACAACGGAGAACCCUUAUUGAAAAGGAAUAUGACCAUGGACGAAGUAAUGAUUGUGAUAAUUAAUUUUCAAGUAUGCACAUUACAAUUGUGGCUCUACAUGGUUGUAAAUUUAUAGGAUAAGGUAUAUAUUCUGAACAAAAAUGCUAAAUCCUCCGAAUUUAAAUUCCAAAAUAUCUUCCGAACGUUAAAAUUUUUUGAAAAGUCAAAUGUGUAAGUUCACUGACUUGAAUCUUUUGUGUUUGGAAAAAAUUUCAGAUGAUAAAUUCAGACUA